GAAAAUAGAAUUGUUUUAACAUCCUUGUUGUGCAUAGUCGUUUAAUAGAAGAUCGUCUCCUCUACCUUUCGCAGCGCUUAAAGGAUUUUAUCAUCAACAUGAUGCACCGCUUCUGUAAGUUAGUCGAGACGCGCUCACUUGUCUUGCUUCUCUUUUUGUGCGCACUGGUGGACAUGGUGUUGUCUGUCACCCACUACUCGAUUCCUGAAGAGAUGGAGGAAGGUUCAGUGGUUGCUAAUUUGGCGUCCGAUUUGGGCUUAGACGUGAGGACGCUGAGCAAGAGGAAAAUGCGCAUCGAUGUGGUCGCAAAUAAAAAAUAUUUAGACAUCAACAAAGACACGGGAGAGCUCUUCAUUUUGGAGAGAAUUGACAGAGAAUUUCUGUGUACCUCCAAAACAACGACGUAUUGCUUUCUAAAAUUGGACGCAACGAUUGAAAAUCCCAUACGCAUGUUUAACAUUGAAGUGGAAAUCUUGGACAUUAAUGAUAACGCUCCUCAUUUUCGACGAGGCACCAUGCAUUUGGACAUAUCCGAGUCCAGCACGGUUGGAGAGAGAUUCUCCCUGAAUAAUGCAGUGGAUCCAGAUGUUGGAGACAAUUCUGUGCAAAACUAUCACCUGAGCGCCAGCCAACAUUUCAACAUCGAAAUUCAGACGGGGAGGGAUGGCUCCAAGUUUGCAGAUUUGAUUCUAACAAAGGUGUUGGACAGAGAGCAGCAGGCUGUUCAUCAUCUCAUCCUUACUGCUGUGGACGGAGGAGUUCCGGCCCGCACGGGCACGGCCAGUAUCAUUGUUCGAGUCCUGGAUGUCAAUGACAACGCCCCAUCUUUUGACAAAGACAAAUAUUUGGUAGAUGUGAUGGAGAACUCCCCUAUUGGUAGUCUGUUAAUUCAAUUAAAUGCCACCGAUCUAGAUGAAGGCUCUAAUUCUGACGUCUUUUAUUCGUAUAGUUUAUAUACGUCAGAAAGAACACAAAAUGUGUUUAGUUUAAAUCAAGAAAAUGGUGAAAUCAGAGUGAAGGAGAUGAUUAAUUAUGAAGAUUUGAAAUCUUAUGAAAUGGAAGUCAUUGCUAGUGAUAAGGGGCUAAGCCCCUUGUCUGGACAGUGUAAACUGACUAUACAGGUGAUAGAUAUGAAUGACAACCAUCCAGAAAUCUCCAUCAAGUCCUUUCAAAGCCCAGUUAAAGAAAACAUAGCUGUCGACACAGUGAUAGCAGUGGUCAGCGUGAGUGAUAAGGACUCAGGAAAUAACGGUGUGGUGGACCUUCAUAUUCCACAAAAUAUGCCUUUCAAACUGAGGGAGUCUCCGGAUAACUAUUAUAAGUUAGUGGUUUCUGAGCCAUUGGACCGCGAGAAGGUUCCGGAAUACGAAAUCGCCUUCACUGUUACUGACAGGGGCUCCCCUCCUUUAUGUGACAAUGAAACCAUGACUUUGCAGCUGCUGGAUGUCAAUGACAAUGUCCCACACUUCCCUCAGUCCUUUUACACCAUCCGGGUGAUGGAGAAUAACGCUCCAGGAGCCUUGCUCAGUUCCCUCAGCGCGUUUGACCCUGACCUCCACGAGAACCAGUACCUGGUUUACUUCAUCCUAGAGAAGGAGAUUGCCAACACCUCCAUGUCCAUGCUGUUCUCCAUCAACCCAGAGAACGGCAACCUUUACGCUCUCAAGACAUUUGAUUAUGAGAUGGAAAAGGAGUUCCUUUUCCACAUUGAGGCCCGAGACUCGGGUUCUCCUCCACUCAGCAGUAACGUCACGGUCCACAUCAUCAUCGUGGAUCAGAACGACAACGCCCCCGUGAUCGUCUCUCCGUGGCGCGCGCACGGCUCGGUGGUGGAGGAGAAGAUCCCUAGAUCCACCGACAAAGGCUCUCUGGUGGCCAAGGUGAUCGCUUUGGAUGUGGAUUCCGUGCACAACUCUCGCGUCACCUACCAGUUCCUGCAGGUGACGGAUGCCUCCUUGUUCAGUCUGGACCAGUACAAUGGAGAGAUUCGCACCAUGAGGAUGUUCAGCUACAAGGAUUCGCGCCACCAGAGACUGGUUGUGGUCGCCAAGGACAACGGGGAGCCGGCUCUCUCAGCGACAGUCACCAUCAAGCUGUCCACGGUGGAGACGGCCAUCAAGGCCUACUCGGACAUGACCGAGGUGCCUCUGGAAUACGACAUCUUCUCCGACCUCAACUUGUAUCUGGUCAUUGGUCUGGGCUCGGUGUCCUUCCUGCUGCUCAUCACCAUCUUGGUCACCAUCGUGCUCAAGUGUCAAAAGGUCAAGCCCAGCAAAGCGGCUCCUCCCUCCAGGAACAGCGUGAUCAGCGAGAGGAACUCCACCAUCGCAGAUUCCACUCUGGUGUCCAACGAUGCCUAUUGGUACAGUCUCUUCCUGGCCGAAACCAGGAAAGGAAAGCUGGUGGUCAGGCAGCCUAUGCCGAAAGGCUCCAGGUACAUUGUGUCCAGUAUUCCCAGGAGCACCGGCGUGUCUGAGACCAGCGACUCUGCUCCUUCCACCUUGCAGUACCCGAAAUGAGGGAAGGCCACCCCACAGCUUGGAGGCAUCUACGACCAGCAGCACUCAAUCCACAUGGAGGCCAGAACUGCCCCAUUUGCAAAUUAGAACCAGUCAUGAGCGGAGACCUCCAGAGGAAAAGAGAUCACCCGGAAUUGACAUCACUCUCAUUCCCGUCAUGCUCAGCCUGGUUCCUCAUACUUGACAUCCACUGAAUGCUGCGGUGAAGGUCUCCCCAACCCUUCUUACGAUCUCCUCUAUUCUUUAAGCACAUGAAAAGCCAAUCUAAGCCUUUUUAAAAGUUUCCAGUGUGCACGGCAUGACCGCAUGGCUUCAACCACUCUUCAUCCCAAAAAUAUGUUAAUGUAUACGUCAUUUCCCAAGAUACAGACUGGACAAUGAGAAGUCCAAAAAGCAAAAACAGAGGAACAAUGUGAGUGGACAAUUGGAUGUGGAAUUCCCUAAAUGAGACUGUAUUGCCUCAUAGGACCAACCAUACAUAACGUGUACAGUAUUUUACAUUUUCAUCUACUUUGUCUCCCUGGUUUUCUGCAUUAUCAUCAAUGGAAAUGGCACAGUAUGUUAAAAAAGCAACAACAUGUAGUUUACAAGAAUGAGAUUGGAUUUGUAUAACUAGUGACAUCUGGUUUUUGUAAAUGGCAUCAUGAGCAAAGCCCCCAGAUUUGAAUGAGUGUGCAGAAUAAUUGGGGUGACUUAAACCUACCGUCUCGAGAAUUUCAUGAAGGAAUAAUGAUUUGUUUGUAAUAUUUCAAACAUUGUGGUUUAAGAAAAAAAGAACGCGCCCAUUGCUACUUAGUUCAAACUGUAUUGAAAUGAUGGUCAACUAUAGAAAAAGAAGUAUAUUCAGCACAUGUACUGUACAUUCCAAUGGUAAAAAUUAGCCACUGUAAUGUGGUGCCUAACCUUUGUUACAAAAUGAUCUCAUGUAAACAAGUUGGGUUGUUAGGUCAACAACUGCGGAAAUGAGAGGCCUUUUGUCAGUGUUCACCCACUUUCAAUAUUUUUAUUGCAUGGAAUAACCAUCAUAGUUUUAGGUAGUGUACAACCCAUUUUCUGUAUCAACAAUAAUCAUCCUCUCAGAAUAAAACUGAGGAACAGGACAGUUGUGCACAGUAUCAUGAAUUUUCCUUCUUCAAUAAUACAAUAUAUACAAGUGUUAUUGAUUAUAAUCAUGAAUACAAUAAAUACAAGUGUUCUUGAUUCUGAUUUACUCAGCUGAGGAACAUAAGUACCCUCCUUGUAUAUACCACAAAAUAUACAUCAUAUUGUUUACUUUUGGAUUUAAGAACGAAAACUGUUGGUUGUCCCUCAAUAUCAAGCUUGUCUAAAGUUAUGUAACAUGGUUCAUUAUAUGUUUCAAAAUGUUUACAGUACUGGAAUUGUGUAUUUGUCACCAAAUAAAACCUGUGCUCAGGUGUUUACUGACUACUUGACCUGCAAUACAACACGGAAGUUCUGUACAGAAAACAACAACUACAUACUAUACAAGUGUAUGGUGAUGUUUUCCUUGAAAUGCAAUUCUUAGACUUUUCCCACUUCUAUCCUGAGGAUAAAUGUUUAUAUUCGAGUGCACACAAUUUUAAGAAAAAAAAACAUUGGACUUGAUGGAGCCAUAAACGAGUUAAUCAACUCAGAAGACAAUACAAUGUCAUAAAAUGCCUUCCAGCUGAAUAUUGUGGCCCCAAAAAUGAUGUCGUAUUCAUCUUUUCAGUGCCAAUCACAUUAACACAUCCAGUAAAUAAUAUAAUCUAUUCUGGGUAAACACUUGAGUGGCUGCAGCUUACAUGUUCAAAGUUGUGAUGUUUUACGAGCAAGUACGUAAAAAAGUGCAUUUGUACAGUGGUGCUUUGACAGUGAAAUAUAUAGUUGUGUGUGUGUGUGUAAUGUGAUCUUAUUG